AAUAAAUACACGACAAUGGAACACGUGGAGCCCGAAAUACGGUUGACACGUCUCACAACCAAUUAUCUGCAGGAAAUGCAGGAUGAGCUGGACAAGGAGCCGGAGGGGCCGCGCAAGCCCACGAAAGCCGAGAAGAAGGCUGCCAAGAGAGAGGCCAAGCGGCUGGAGGUGAUAGAAGACAAGAAGCUGAUAAUGCGCGAUGCCCUUGCGCGUGAGCUAGAGAUGGGCAAGCGCAUGGAGAUGAAGGGCAAUGAGGAGUGGCAUGAGAUGUGCAAAGAGAUCAAGAUGAAGGAGCUGCGUGAGGAGAUCGAGACUUGGGGCGAGAAGGCCUCAAGAAAUAUAGAAGGAAAGAACGAUCACAUCAAGAUGCUGAUCGAGGACAUGACCCAGACGCAGGAUCGCCAUGUGCGCUGCUUCAGCAAGACUGUGGAAUUGAUUGAUCACAUUAGCGCUUGCUUCCACGGCAUGAUGGAUGGGGUGAGGAAUAUGUACGAUCAGGAGGCAGAGAUAUUGCUCAAAGAGUUCUACGAAGAGGUUCAGCGUCGCACGGAGGAGGUGGACUUUAUGCACCAGAACAGCGAGAACAUUAUACAUGCCACGAAUAUAACAACGCGCGAUCAGCUGAAGGAGGACUACACGAUCUUCCUGGAGCAGCGGGACGAUCGUGUCAAUACUGAGAUAGAGAAUCGUUUUCGCAUACGAGAUCAGGUUGUGAUCCGCAUGACGGAUAUGCAGCAACAGCUGAAUGACUUUGUGGAGUCACUUCGCAGCACGGAGUUGGACGCCCACAAGUACGACAAGAUCCGUUGGCUAACCGAGCGGCAGGCGGCCUUCAUGGAUGAGUCGCGCAAACUCAACUACGAGGAGCUGAAGAGCAUCAACACAAUGUCCGACCUGAACAAGGAGAUACUGCGCGUUGAGUCGGAUCACAACUCGACUCUGAAUGAUCUUCGUCUAGAGUUUCAGUACUUUACGCGUGUGCGCAAGAAGAUCGAGCAGAAUCAGGAGCUGGAUCGCGAGAUUACUCAUGAGAAGCUGCGCAUACUCACGGGAGAGUGCUAUGAAAUAAUAAAGCAAAUGGAAAAGCAUGUAAAGAGUGGCGAGCUGCUGCUGGCUCUAUCGAUCACCUGCCGAAAGCUGCAAACCGAAACGGAAAAAGUGAUCCUGGGCGGUGAAAUUGUCGAUGAAACGGAUCUGGGCAAAGUAGACGAGCAGUUCAAACUGGAAACAUUGAAUAUGAAAAAUCAUGUGGACAUGACCGAAGUGGAGCUAGUUGAACAGACUAAAAUGCUGAACAACUUUUGGCGUCGUCAGGCCAUGGUCGAGGCCCAAAACCUGCUCUUGCUCGAGGAGAAACGUCGCCUGACCGAGCAGAACCAAGGCUAUAUAGAUUUCAUCAAGUACAUGAGCGUCACCGAAGAUCCCGAGGAGCUACGAUCAGCCAUGAAGGUAGGGUCGUGCGACAAUCAGCCAAUGCCGCCGCGUCUAUUUGAUACCAAGUGCAAGGAGUACAAGUCACGAAAUGUCUGCAAGUCCAAGAUAGCCCACAAGGAAGCCAAGUGGGAUGCGGAGAAAUCAUUGAAGCAAGUGAUGGAGCUAUAAACACACACCACAAAAUGCCAAUUAAAGCUGUAUUCUAUCAUU